AUGUCAGGCAACCUGAUUUCCUUCUUGGUCUUCCUUGCCCCCGUGCCUACAUUUUAUCGAGUGUAUAAAAAAAAAUCCACAGAAGGCUUUCAUUCUUUACCCUACGUAAUUGCUCUCUUCAGCUGUAUGCUUUGGGUCUUCUUCGCUCUGGUGAAGACCAAAGCUAUUCUGCUCAUCACCAUCAACUCUUUCGGUCUCUUCAUCGAAACUGUAUACAUCGUUAUCUAUCUUAUUUACGCUCCAGUAGGAGCUAAGAAAUGCACUAUUCGGAUGGUUUUCUUCCUCAACGUUACUUUGUUCAGAAUCACUCUCCUGGCUUUUCAUGGACACAAGCGCUUGAUUGUACUUGGGUGGAUCUGUGUUGCAGUCUCUGUCUGCGUCUUUCUUGCUCCUCUGAGCGUUAUGAGGCUGGUCAUCCGCACAAAAAGCGUGGAGUUCAUACCAUUCAAUUUGUCUCUCUUUCUAACAAUCAGCGCCGCAGUUUGGCUGGCCUACGGUGUACUGUCAAAGGACAAAUACAUUGCGGUACUUUUUUUUUUUUUAAUUAGCGCUAUCUUAUUUAAUAAUCUUAUUAUUCAGAUGGUAAUUAUUUUCAGUAUUAAUAAAACUUAG